UUCACCAAUCCGGCAAUGAUCAAAUAAUUAGAAGAACUCAUUACGAGAAAGGAGCACUUAAGCGUAUAUUUAUUUAUCUUACGAAUGAUAAGAAAAUUAGAUUAGCUGUGGCAUGAAAACCGAACACAAUGCAGUAACUAAGUGUUGAAUACAUGUGUGUAGAGACCUCUGCGAAUAAGUAAAGCUUUGUGGAUGAAACAUGCAGAGAAAAAAGGGCAAAGCACCAGAUUAUAUUAUUCAGUUAUUAGGAGUGGUUUUCCUGCCAGUCAACAUAGCAGUUUUAGCAGCGCUAUGGGUAUAUAGGCAGUUAGUGGGUCUUUGGCUGCAACUAACAUUAGGCGAGGCCUAUGGAGGUUUACUAAGCGCAGGUGAUAAAGUGUAUGUGCCCAAUGUUCCAGCCAGCAGAAAAAUAACGCUGAUAUUGUGGUACCUUCGAAGUGACCAAAAAAUUGAUGUGAUGCAAAAAAUGACUCAAACAUUAAAUGAAAAAAUAAAGGGCGAUGCAAAACAAGAAGGAAAACUGACGUCAACGUUCCACACGUUCUUAGGCCAGGACUACCUCUUGAAGAACCAAAUUGGAAUCGACGAAAUAAUCAAGCCCAUGCCUGGCCCGAAGGACGGUACUUUCAACGAUGCCUAUCUAAAGAAACUCGUAGGCGAUUUGAGCAAUGUGCCUUUGCCAAGAAAUCACACCGCGCUCUGGGAAAUCCUCGUCGGCAUUGAUCCUAUGGAUAACGCCAAUACAAAUGUCGAAGGCUACCUUUACCCAGUACUGUUUAGAAUUCACCAUUCAACAGCUGAUGGCAUUCGACUUGUGCUGUUUAUGUCCAAAAUAUUUUCCAGUGAUGUGAAUUAUGUUGAUAAGAUCAGUCGUCAGAGAAGUGGCCGAAAGCGCAUCCUAGAUCAACUAUGCGAUGUUUUAAGCAAAUCAAUCCAGUUGGUCUACUUGGUGGUAAAAGGACCAGCAGCGAUUCUCAAUAUGACAUUCUGGAAGGAAGAAGACGAAAAUCCCAUCCACAACGCAUCGCUGAGUGGAGAUAAACUGAUCGCGUGGUCUGCGGAGCAAAGUAUCCAACGAGUCAACACUGUGAAAAAUAUUAAAAAUCGAAUCCCAAACACUCGAUUCAGCGAAGUGGUUCUGAGCUGUGUAUCAGCGAGCUUUUAUAACUAUUUUCAACUGAAAAAAUGGAAAGUUCCCCCGCAAAUGUCCGUCCUAACUCCCCUGUUGUUUCUCUAUCCUGAAUCAAAUAGCAGCAAGCUACCCGAGCUGAGGAACGACUUUACUUUCGCCGACUUAAGCCUGCCCUUAGUAGACCCAGACCACUUUAUAAACGGACUGGAGGAUGUGAAAGUCAGCGUGGAGAAAAUGAGGAAGAGUCCUACCACUGCUGUCAUGUACUUUUUGGUGAACUACAUAUGUGCAGUGAUUCCUUCACAGCUGUUACUGAAGAUAACAACUACCAAGGCGUUUACUGCCACUAUCUCGAUAGUGCCUGGAGCGGGACGAAUCAAAGUGUUUGGCGAUUGCGAUCUUGAAACUAUUAUCUCAACUGCGCCACACUCAAAUGAAACAGGAAUUUGUUUUACCAUCUUGACUUAUGAUGACAAAUUCCAAAUUUGUGCGUUCGUGGACAAGGCGAUAAUGUCCGAACAAGAAGACGUUCAGUACCUUGUUGACGAAGUGUUCCGAAACAUGGACCUCCUAAACAAACAGAGUCUGCAGACGUUCGCAUAGAUUUACUGUAAAAAUACUCUAGGAAGUCAAUUUAAUUACAAAAUAAACUAAGA